AUGGCUUCCAACUCUGAUGAGGAGUACGUAGGUUGGACGCAUCUCGAACGACGACUCCCUUUUCAGGGCUACCGUACCUAUGUGGCUCUUACAUACAUCGGCUUCAACAUUGUCGGCUUCGUCGUGAAUUUCUGGGUGUUGUACGUAGUUGCACCAUUGCUGUUCGCGCCGGCAGUUAAGGUGCCAAAAAGCAUACUCUUCUUCAUUUUCGCUUUGGUUAUCGGUGAUUUGACGACUAUGAUUGCGAUCAGUACAGACAUUUCGUUUCAGGUGCCAAAAAGCAUACUCUUCUUCAUUUUCGCCUUGGUUAUCGGUGAUUUGACGACUAUGAUUGCGAUGCUGUUACUUAUAAUCGAACUCGUAUUUGGUACUUGGCGAUUCAGUACUGCUGCAUGUACUUCAUAUCUUGUUCUGGAUUCGAUGAACAAAUUUGUUGCUCCGAUUAUCGUGUUUCUCAUUAGCAGAACUUGCUACACUACCGUAUGCCUGGACAAAACCAGAGGAGAACGAGCUGCCACCUUGAAGUAUGCGGCCCUUCAAGUGCUAUUUGCCCUCGGUUGCGUGAUGAUACUUCUUUGGCCAGUUUUUGCGUAUUCUCAGGUAUUCACCUUUUACCUAAACCCGAAUAAUGCUACAAACGAGGUGACGGUGAUACGUAAAUGCGGUUUCCUUCCUCCACCAGAAAUUCAAUUCUGGUUUAAUCUGGUCGCCUGUAUCACCUCGUAUGCAGUGCCUCUAUUCGGUAUCGUGUAUUGGUAUGUAUCGGUGCCGUUCUUCUUAAAAAGAAGAGCCAUCACUACGCUUGUCGCAUCCAGCUCUAUGGAUGUGGCCUUACGAAAGGUGAUCACUACGGUGCUUCUGUUGACAGCCAUCUAUGUUCUCUGUUGGUCUCCAUACUGGGUGUCAAUGUUUGCCCACAAUAUUUUCUCGAUGGAAAAGAGAAGCAUGAUAAUCGUCUCCUACUUCAUCCAUCUACUGCCAUACGUUAGCUGUGUCGCUUAUCCACUGAUUUUCACUUUACUCAACAGAGGAAUUCGAUCAGCGCAUGCCAAAAUUGUUCAAGAACAACGACGACGUUUCCGUAGCAUCACGGACGAAGCGAGCUGUCAUGUUCGUAACGCUUUACGGUAUGUUGAGUAG